AUGGCAGGCAAAGAAGACCAACAACGAGAAGAAACUUUCAAGGCGAAUCCGGAACAUCCAUCGGAUGGAGAUGUUCAAACACCUCUCGUCUCCUCGCGCUUGUGCAUAAAAAACCUCCCGAAACAUUACACGGAAGUGAGGUUUCGAGAGCACUUUUCAACGAUCGGAGAAGUGACCGAUUGCGUGAUUAAAAAUACGCACGGCGGUACCAACGAUAACGACUCGAGGAGCAGUUGGCGGCAACAUCGAAAGCAGCAGCAGCAAACUUCUCGAUGUUUGGGAUUUAUUGGGUACAAAACGGAACAGAUGGCCAUCUUAGCGCAGAAAUAUUUCCACAACACGUUCAUCGAUACGAGUCGGAUCGAUGUCUCGUUCGCGGCGAGUCGGAAAGAGCGAGCGGCGUUGAGCGAAAGGAGUUCGUGGUCGAAGUAUUCGGCGGGGACGAGCGCGAACGAGAGAUUGAAAAGAGAGGAAGAGAAGAAGUUAAAAAAGAAGAAUAAUAAAGAAGACGAGGACGAGGACAGAGAGGAAAAGAAAGAUCCGAAUCGAUUUAUCGGCGUCCGGGAGCGGAUUAAGAUGGAAAAAGCCGCAAAACUGAAGAAAGAACAGUUCGUAUCGCCCGAGGAGAAAAUGUUGGAGGAGAAAAUGCGAGAAGAUCCGAAAUUGAGAGAAUACAUGGCUUUAAUGCUCCCGAAGAGUAAAUUCGCGGCGAAAUUUUGGUCGGACGGGUUAGUGCACGAAGAAGACGAUUACCUGUCCGGAGGUCCCGCGCAAACGAAACUCGCCGACAUCGAAGAUACCGAAGGCGGGAACGCAGACGAGGAUUCAGACGACGACGAGUACCAGGACUUAGAGAACGACGAUAGUAGUGAUGAUAAUGGUAGUAGUAGUAGCGAAGAAAUAGAUUCCGAUUCAGACGACGUUAAGAAAGACGACGCGGUUUCGGACAUGGAGUAUUUGAAGGCGAAGAGAGGGAAUUUUAGCAGCGAUUCAGAGGAUUCCGAGGAGGACGAAGAGGAGGAAAAUUCUUCGGACGACGACGACGACGACGAGAACAACAACAGCGAAAAGAGUAGCGACGAUGAAAGAAAGGAAUUUUCCUUGGAGAACGACAACGACGACGACGUCGAUAAUACGGAGAAGAAAAAGUCAUCAAAGAAGUCGAAAGAUGAUGAGAAAGCAACAAUAAAAGAAGUCGAAGUCGUCCAAGCGUCGGACAUGGAAUCUUUACAAGAAACCGGUCGCGUGUUCCUUCGCAACCUUCCGUAUACGUGCACGGAGGAGGAAAUAUUCGACCACAUGCAAUCUCACGUCGGAAAAUUGACCGCAGUGCACGUCUUAGUGGACAAGUCGACGAAACAGAGCAAAGGAUUGGCAUACGCGACGUUCGCGUUGCCGGAAGAUGGCGUGAAAUGCAUCGACGUGUUAGACGGUGCUAUUUUCCAAGGUCGCAUUUUACACGUAUUACCGGCGAAACGAGCGCCGACGAACGCGGAAAAGAACACGUUAGGCGGCGUCGGGAGGAUAACUAUAAUAAACGACGACAACGGGGAAGACAACGACGACGAGAACGACCCAAAAAACUCUUACAAGAAACAAAAAGAGCACACGCGCAAAGCGGACGCGGCGGAUAAAAAAGCAUGGAACGCGCUCUUCAUGCGUCAAGACACCGUCCUCUCCGCCAUCGCCGCGAUGUACGGCGUGGACAAAGGCGAUUUGUUGAGCACAGAAACCGAAGACGUCGCGGUGCGGGUCGCCCUAGGUGAAGCUCAAGUCAUCGCAAACACGAAAAAAGAGCUCGGCGAUGUCGGCGUAAACGUCCACGCGCUCGAAUCUGCAGCGGAAUCGAGAGAAAAUGUCAAAAUCGCGCGUUCGCAACAUUCGAUUUUGAUUAAAAAUUUACCGUACGAAUCCGAAGAGUCCGAUUUGCGAGAGAUGUGCGAAAAGUUUGGCACUUUGAGUCAGUUGGUGUUACCAUCGACACGGACGAUUGCAAUCGCGGAAUUUCUAGAGAGCAACGAAGCGCGAAGAGCGUUUCAAGGGUUAGCGUACAAGAGGUACAGACACGUUCCGUUAUACGUCGAAUGGGCGCCGAAAGACAUUUUCAAGACAUCGAAGAAGAAGAAUGACGACGACGAUGAUGAUGCAACAGAAAAUGACGAGAGAAGAACAAAGUUCACCAAAGAAACCUCUAAUAAAGACGAUGUCGAGGAGGAUCCGGAAGAAAAGUCUAAAGUUCUCUUCGUGAAAAACAUCGACUUUGCCACCACGGACGAGAGUUUUCUUCAAUUCUUUGAAAAUCUUUGCAAACGCGCGGGAGGAAAGAACCGAAGACUCGUCUCCGCCAAAAUCGCCCGAAAACCAAAUUCAGACGGUAAAUCUCUUUUAUCCAAAGGAUUUGGUUUCGUCGAGUUUGAAUCGCACGAAACCGCCUCGAUAUGCUCGAAAUUAGUCUCCACCGGCAUCGGGAAGUUAGACGGUAAAGUCUUGUCGAUCGAGCUUUCGAGGCAGAAAAUGUCUCGAGAAACCGUCGAGGACGACAACACCAACGCGCUCGCGAUGAAAAAGAAAUCCAAAAUACCAAAAGGCAAAUCAGCGACUAAGCUCGUGCUUCGGAACGUCGCGUUCGAGGCGACCAAACGCGACGUGCAACUAUUGUUCAAUCCGUUCGGCGUUCUGAAAUCCGUUCGCGUGCCGAAGAAAUUCGACGGAUCGCACCGAGGUUUCGCGUUUAUUGAAUACACGACGCAAAGGGAAGCGACGGACGCGAUGGACGCGUUAGGGAACGCGCACUUGUACGGGAGAAAGUGCGUGAUUGAACGCGCGGACGAAGACGAGACUGUGAAUACGAUGGAUGAUUCGAACACCAACGCGGCGGUCUUUGGCGAAUCAAACGUGGAGAAGUUGCGGGAGAAAGCGAAAAGGCAAAUAGACGGAGGAUUGAACCAGCGGUCUUCGAAAAGACAGCAGCGCGCGUAG